AUGGCCAACUUGUCCCACGGUGAUGGAACCAUGGCGUCCCCAGUCCAGGCAACCAGCCUGGAACAGCUCCCACCCGAGAUUCGGCGCCAGGUCCUCUUCAACUUUGAUCUCGACGACUUAAAGGCCAUUGUAUUCGCUUCCCCUGUAUUUUACCAACAAUAUUGCUUGGACCGGCAAGCGAUACUGCGCAACAGCUUGGAUCUCAGCAUCGGGAGUGCUGCCAUAUCCGCCUGCGCUCUCCUGCGUUUUGAGGCGCUCCGGCAAUUCCCAUCUCGAAGUGCGCCUGGGGCCACGGAAGCCGUCGAUGCCUUCCUUCGCGCGCACAAUGCCAACGAGGCACGCCUCUACUCGGCGGUGCAACUUACUCACGCGGAGGUAGUCUCAAUCGCGGCUCAUUUUUCGAAGGUGGUAGAGCCUGUGGGCGAUGCAUUUGCGUUUUGGGCCUUGGGGAACUUGGAAUUGGGGAAAUGUCGUUCUGAAUAUGAACAUCUCACUUUGGCCACGGAGCCGGCUCAUGGGCAGAGCUUGGGUGAUGCCGACAACCUGCCUCACGAGGAGCACCCGGAUGAUCCUGCAAUCCACUCACCUCAAGGAGAACAGUCGGAGGAUCCCAGCGCAAUAUCGACGGGGGGAGAGGAGAAUUCUAAUUACAGCGACUCGGAGGACGACACAACGGAAGAUUCAAGCAGUGACUCUUCAUCCGAGGCUGAAAUCGCCUGGCCAACCCGGGUAGAGCGAAUACGUAUUUUUCGUGCGCUCUACCGGGUCGACCUGUGUUGCCGCAUGUUUGGGGCCAAGAAUGAGGCCGAGGAGGCGAACAGUUGGGUCGAUGGCUGGAUGGUGGAACAAGGGUUCACUAACACGUGCAAAGUGUUCGAUGGGCUGGAAACUUGGGAGCUUGAAGAGGUCAGGAGCGUAAACCUAUUCGUCACCCUGACGUACAAUGAAGCGUUCGAGAAGAUGACAACCGCGUUGGACCCUACGAACCCUCGGUAUGUGGAUGGUUAUGAGCCCCCUGUCUCUCCCGAUACAUUCGAGAAGCUCGACGAUAUGGUGAAUCUAGGCUCUCUCGAACUGGGCACGAGCACCCUCGGCGUAACGCACUUCUGGGAUCUUUUACGCAAGGGUGACGCGGAGGCUUCGGAUGAGUUCGUUCAAAUGCUCUCCGGUACAAUGCGGCAUGGAGCGGCCAUGGAGAUGGAGGAGGACGUGUUCAGCAUCCAGGCGCAAUACACCGUACGGGACGAGAGCUUGAAGCGUAGCCAGAAAGCCACGGCGCGAGAAAAGAUGCCGUUUUCGGGCGAAGACGGACGUAAAGAUGAUGAGGCCCUGGCGCCAUAUGCUUGGGGGGUGUUGUGCAAGGGCAGGUAUCGCGACCUUUUUGGGGACUGCUUGCCGUUCUGGUGGGCGGAGCGAGCCCUAGUCAUCUGGGAAGCGUCCCGGCUUGUCGGCAGCAUGACCGACAACGAUUUGCGGACGGCAGCGGAUGGAUUCGAAAGUGUUACCAUCCAAGACCGCUGGGACUGGUAUAAUAGCUAG